UUGCAAUGCUCGAAGACACGGCGCAAGUCAUCGAGGCGACACUCGCGCCAGCCUUCGCCCAGUUCGCCAUCGUGGGCAACCUUUUGACACCGCUCAAGUUCAAGGCGUUGAAUGCUUACGUCGAUAGCAUUGUGUCCCCCACGACACCACCGCCCGAUGUCGUGCGGUACAUGGUGUGCCUCUUUGGAAUGUAUCCGGUUGCGGCCAUGUUCGCGCUCCUCCCGUCGCCAACGAUCAAACAUGCUGUUAGCUUGGGUUUGGGUGUCAUGAUUGCACAGUUUGUGUUUGGGUCGGCGUGGGUGCACACUCUCGUCAUGGCGCUGGGGUCGUACUUGAUAUUGUUGUGCGGGUCUCGACGCCACAUCGGCACAAUCUCCAUGGUGUGGAACUUGGUGUACCUGUCGUUUUCCCACGUGUACCGCAUGUACGUCGACUACAUGGGCGUGACGUUGGAUAUCUCAGGGCCUCAAAUGGUACUGUGCAUGAAGCUGACGGCGUUGGCCUACAACCUGUACGAUGGUACGGUGGAUGCGCCUCGCCUAGCUUCCAAACCGGACAGCACAAGUCUCGCGCGGGUUUUUGCUUCUCGGAAGGCGCUUGCCGUCUCGUCCGUGCCGUCCGUGCUGGAAUACCUUUCGUACGCAUUCUGUUUCCCAACCUUUUUGGCCGGGCCAGCCUUCGAGUUUCGCGAGUUCAUUGACGUCAUCCAUGGGAUCAAACCGGCGGGCCCAGGCCGUAUUCGCGCGGGCGUGACGAAGUUGGCAAUUGGGCUUUUUUAUGUGGGCUGGACAGCGGCGUUGGGAAUACAGUACCCGACGACGAUGUUCUUCGACGACGCGGUGGCAGCGCUGCCGUGGUACCAACACAUUCCGACGCUGUACUUUGUGUUUUUCCUCUUCAAGUGCCGAUUCUAUGGGUGCUGGACGGUUGCGGAAGGCGCAACAGUCCUGUGCGGGUUUGGUUACGAAGGCAUUGUGGACGGAGCGCCUCGAUGGAACGGUGUACAGUACAUGAACGUUUGGGAGUUCGAGUUUGCGACGUGCCACCGCGACAGCACGAGGAAGUGGAACAAGAUCACCCAGAGUUGGCUCGAGAGGUACAUCUACUCCCGCACCAACAACUCGCUCAUGGCCACGUACUUUGUGUCGGCGUUUUGGCAUGGAUUUUACCCUGGGUACUACAUGUUCUUCAUGCUCAUGCCCCUUCCCACCGUCGUGAAUCGCCUUGCGCGAAAGAAACUGCGGCCGUGGUUUCUGGAAGCAGAUGGGUCGACAGGGUUGAAGAAGAGGGUGUACGACAUCGUUGGCGGCGUUCUUAACGCGUUGAGUAUUCACUACAUCUCGCUGCCCUUCCUCACGUUAGGAUGGACCGAGUCGAUCCAAGCGUAUGUGAACCUCAAGUUCUCGGGGCACAUCAUCCUUGGCACGCUCUUGAUCAUCUUGUACUUAGCCCCUAGUCGAGAACACCCCGCAGUUAAACGAGAAUAGAUGCAUGACAAACGUAUGCACACUGC